AUGGAAUUUUCAAGAAGAGCACGCCAAGAAGCCAAUGUCCCGAGUUGCCCAACGUGUGGGCACGAGACCAGACAAUGGGCUUCGAAAAGUGAACGCAAUUUAACGUGCGAAUGUCCUUACGCGGAUUGCAAGUGCAAGUUGUGCUUUCUCGUCGAGAAACGCCGCCAGCUGAACUCCCAACUCCAUGAUCUCGAAGUUAUCGAAUUGGAAUCGACAAAGCGGUCAGAUGACGACGACCAGCCACCGCCAUCAUCGCAUAGCGACGUUGAUCGUAUGGUCCGCGUUAAAGGAGGUGAGCAAAGUAUUUCAUCAGAAGAAUGA